GAGGGAAAAAAAAAAAAAGAAGGAAAGACUGGGCGGAGCUCCAGUAGACCUCUAAUACAGCAUCAGCCAUUAUGCACAGGCUGCACAGGCAUACCAUCGUGCAGCUCUCCCGUCGUCAUACUGUCCAUUGGCCUGGUGCAGCUAGACUUACAGAUACAGCCGUUUCGCGGGAAGAAUCCUACAUUCGACGACAACACUUCCAUUCUUCCCUUCCAGCCUUCAAUCCAUCCGACGACUCGUCAAAUGGCAAUGCUGGCGGAGCAGCAUCUGCUGCUACCUCCACCACCCCAAGCGUAAAGCCAAAGUUUGGCGGCCGCUGGGGCACUCGAUCAUCAACACCAACAAUCGCAGCCCUUAGCCCGGAGGAACAGGCAAUUCGGAAUGCUCUGCUCGCGAAGACUGCCAGCCAGCAGCAGCAGCGACGACAACAACAAGAACAAGAACAACAACAACAACAACACCGGCGGCGGCGACAACACUCGGAAAAACCAGAAUCAGCACGAUCACACUCCACUCAUACAGCACGCCCUGGAGAAUCGCAUGGCACCAAGUUACCUCAUGAUGCCUCUCGAUUGCCGAAGCCACGCGAUCACUUUCGAAACUCACGACGGCCUUGGCAUGUUGGCGAAAAGGAAAGCCAGUCACUACAGCCCGACAAAGCACAUGAUUUGAAGCCUCCAAUACCAACCAGCUUGCGUUCGAAAGAUUGGAAGUGUCCCGACUGUCAUUUUGAGUGCUUCGGAAAGCACCGGUUUUGCCCCCGAUGCAGAGGACGGCGACCGAUCCCAACAUCGCAGUCGUUGCCUGUAUAUAAUUCUACCCCGGGAGAGUCCAUUGUAAUCCGCAAGCUCACCCAAACUCCCAGUCUUGAAGUGAAUGAUGAGACUGGAGAUGACUUGAGAGAGUUAUCAUUCCGGAAGUUCUCGGCUCAGCAAGGCAGAUUUGCAGGGGCCCGCCCUAUCGUCCCGCCCGCGUCCCAAAAAGAGAGAAAGGAGAAGGAAUUCGAAGCCCCUCGCCACCAGGAGCCCAAACCUGAGCCCGAUCCCGAACCCAAGGAAAAAAUAACUGCGGAUCCGUGGUCGUGGGAUUCGUCGUCUUUGGAGAGACUCCGGCUCCAUGACGAAAAUGCCACCCAGGGGAAACCUUCAAAGCGUCGGGAUGGCCGUCGGCAGCGGGGAACCAAGGGUGACGACGAAGAGUUUGAUGAAGACGAGCACCGUCGCCGCCGUGAGGAUCGAAAACGUUCAAAGAAGGGCAAAUCCCGGCCGAAGGAAGUGGAAGCUGCCCCCAGCCCGCUGUAUCUUCCCGAGUUUAUCAGCGUUAGUAACCUCGCCGACGUGAUCGGCAUUCGACCCGCGCAAUUCGUCCAGCGGAUGGAAGAGAUGGGGUUUGAAGAUGUUACGUAUAGCCAUGUCCUCGAUGCCGAGACCGCUGGUCUAGUGGCCACCGAGUUCAACUUCGAACCUAUCUUUGAGACCGGCGAUAAUGACCUGACGUCUGCACCUGAACCCGACGACAAGACCGAUCUGCCAUCUAGACCUCCGGUUGUAACGAUCAUGGGCCAUGUGGACCAUGGUAAAACCACCAUUCUGGAUUGGCUUCGAAAGUCUUCCGUCGUGGCGUCGGAGCAUGGUGGUAUCACACAACAUAUUGGAGCUUUCUCCGUAGCCAUGCCAUCUGGGAAAACAAUCACAUUCUUGGAUACCCCUGGCCACGCGGCCUUUCUGGAGAUGCGACGUCGCGGUGCAGACGUAACCGACAUUGUGGUUUUGGUGGUUGCGGCAGACGACAGCGUGAAGCCCCAAACGAUUGAGGCCAUCAAACACGCCACCGGGGCCAAGGUUCCUAUCAUCGUUGCAAUCAGCAAGAUUGACAAGGAGAGCGGGAACCCUGAAAAGGUGAAGCAAGACCUUUCCGUCCAUGGUGUUCACGUAGAAGACUACGGCGGCGAUGUUCAGGCCAUCGGCGUCAGUGGAAAGACGGGCCAGGGCAUGUUGGAGCUAGAAGAAGCUAUUAUCACGCUUUCUGAAGUCUUAGAUCAUAGAUCUGAUCCUCAUGGCGUUGUCGAGGGAUGGGUGAUUGAAGGAACUACCAAGACCUACGGCCGUGUAGCAACUGUGCUUAUUCGACGAGGCACUCUACGACCAGGUGAUAUCAUCGUCGCAGGCACGACCUGGGCUCGUGUCCGCACGCUCAGGAAUGAAGCUGGCGUCCCCCUUGACGAAGCUACCCCUGGUAUGCCCGUUGAAGUGGACGGCUGGAGGGAACAGCCUGCUGCAGGCACUGAGUUCCUGGAGGCCUCGGAUGAACAGCACGCCAAGGAAGUUGUGGACUAUCGACAAGAACGGUCUGAGACCCAGAAGCUGUCCCAAGACAUGGCAGCUAUCAAUGAAGCUCGUCGUGAACUGCUCGAGAAACGACGACAGGAGGAAGAGGGCACUGACUCUGUGGAGGAGGCACCGUCUGGCCCCAAACCCAUCCAUUUUAUCAUCAAAGCCGACGUGGGCGGAUCAGCGGAAGCUGUGCUCAACUCCGUCACCGCGGUGGGAAACAACGAAGUCUUUGCUAACGUGCUCCGUUCCGAGGUGGGACCGAUCAGCGAGUUUGAUAUUGAGCAUGCGGCCUCGGCCAACGGCCAUCUUAUCAAUUUCAACCUGCCGAUUGACCCUACCAUGUCACGCAUGGCUGAGGCGCGCGGGGUCGGAAUCAUGGAUCACAACAUUAUCUAUAAACUCAUUGAUGAUGUCAAGGAUACGCUGAGUGAGCAGCUAGCUCCUUUGGUCACCCAGCGCGUCACGGGAGAAGCUGAAGUCGGUCAAAUUUUCGAGAUUACCCUCAAGGGACGCGAAAAGACGUCGAUUGCGGGAUGCAAGGUGCGAAACGGACUGAUCAACCGAGCCAGAAAGGUCCGCGUGUUGAGAGGACAGGAGACGAUAUAUGACGGCUCAAUUGUAUCCCUCAAGAACGUCAAGAAGGACGUUACGGAAAUGCGCAAAGAUACUGAAUGCGGUAUCGGUUUCGAGAACUGGACUGGCUUUGCAGUCGGCGACCAAAUUCAAUGUUACGAGGAGCUUUACGAGAAGAGACACCUAUGAUUGUUAUUAUCCUAUCCUAUCCUGACCCCGACUAGUUUGAUACCUUCUUGCGAUCCUGGCUUAGGGUCGCUGUAUUUUUUUAUCGCUUACACUUUAUUUUUGUACAAAACAUUAAGGAUCUGGGUGAUUUACACUUUAAUAUACAAUUCUGGGACGGGACAUUUAAGAAGCAUAGAACUACUGUAUACUACUCUACUAUAUUACAUUAUGACUACACAAUACGCAAUAGAGAGAGAAAGAAAGAGAGAGAGAGAGAGAGACCUAUUUAGUCUUC